CUGGUUCUAACCUAAGAAGCAGCUGUAUUUUGAUCAGAUCGAGUAGAGAAGUUCAAAAAACAGGAUCGAGAAUUAAAAUAAGCACGAUAAAAAUUUCACAAAACUUUUUAUCUUGAAUCGAAUAACUUUGGAUAAAAAAAACUAAAUAAUUUUUCGCAAUUGUAUUUUAAUUUGUAACAAAAACGCAACACUAUAGUAAAUUCUAAGAUAAAUUUUCGAUUUUGAGAAGAUUAUGAGAAGUGAAAAAUAAUUUACUAUAGCGAUGGCUAUGAGAAAGAGGAGCGGAUCUGGUUCCAAACGUCAGCACAAAUGUAAGCUAGUGCCAAUCUAUGAAAGUUUUUUCAAAGGCGAAGAUUUGACCCUGGCUCAUCCAAAUUUCUGGAAUGAAUUGUUUCUUAUUAAACCUAUGGUACCUCAUAUUGAAAAUGAGAUUCUUCAUAUGACAUCAGAACAAUUAAAUGCUAGCAAAGAAAAUUUAAAUGCUCUGGUGUGUCAUUGUGUGGACACAUUGGUUGAUGAACAUCCAUUCAGAAUAGUAUAUGCGCUGCAAACUUUAGCAGCGGUAAUCCAAUCCAUGUACAAGAAAGCCAAUCAAGGCGACUAUGGAUUUAACUUAAUAGAUAUACUAGUGGGCUUUGAUUCCGCGGAACAGAGGAUGACAACUUUGAUGCAACAUUGUAAUAAUUUUUUAACAGGUGAAUAUCCAGAUAGUUUGAAAGCUUUGUGUUUGAAAUUAUUGUUGAUAAUAGUUACUGGUAUGGACAAUAUUAGUCAAAAUACCUUGCUGGAAUAUGUGAUGCUGAACAGUGUUUUCGAAUCUCUGAUUCAAUUAUUAAGAGAUACGGCUGCUAGAAAUCGUCAUGGUCAUGAUGCAGUGUUGUUGUUAACUCUUCUAGUCAACUACAGAAAGUAUGAAAGUGCGAAUCCUUACAUAGUUAAAUUGUCAAUUCUGGACGACGAGUUAGCUCUCAAUGGAUACGGUCAAGCUAUAUCGGGUUCGUUAACAGAGUUUUGCAGACAAUUUGCUCAGCAAAGAGCAGAGAUACAACCAUCGUGGUUAUCCUCAAUAACUAGUAUAGUCGGAAGCAUGUUUGUUGGAGAGGAGGAGGCGAAAACCCAACAAGUUCGCGCGAAUAACGCUUUGCUUUUGGCUCUGUACGAAGCUACGCACUUGAAUCGCAAUUUUGUAACUACCCUGGCCUAUACGCAGAGCGACACCAGUGCACCACCGUCGCCAAAUAACACAUUGGGUCCAAACGCCGUAGCUCCUGGUGCUUCGCCACCCGAUGUAAUGGCCCAACCGUUCAAUUUACUAGCUACCUUCCUGCAAUACUGUUCCAUUGUUAUGCAAGUUAUUAGAACAGAGGCUAUAAUGAAUAACGUGAAGUUGUGCUUCCUUAUAUUGAGUUGUAUCGCCGAGGACCAAUACGCAAAUAGUUUAAUGCACGACGCGAAUUUGGCGUUUCGAGUUCAGCUACACAGAGUGCCCAUGCAUCAUAGAAAGUUGCAGGAUAAAGCAGCUCCUGCCCAACCUCUCGCAGCCACAUUACUUGAUCUGCUCGUUGAAUUUAUAACGUCGCACAUGAUGAAGAAAUUUCCACUUGAAUUGUAUCAUCAGUGCAUCGGCGUUCUACAGAGAUUAUUGUGUUAUCAAAAAAGAUGUCGCGUUAGACUCGGUUACCAGUGGCGGGAUCUUUGGACUGCGUUGAUCAAUCUGCUGAAAUUUUUAACGACUCACGAGAGUCAUCUCAUUAAGAAGAUGAACAUAUUUCCCUUAGCCAUUCAGGUAGUUAACAUUUUAAACUUCUUUAUUACAUACGCCGAUACAUUUUUGUCAUCGCCCAAUAGCUACGAUGAAUUGUUUUAUGAAAUUAUUCGUAUGAGGCUUAUUUUCACUAAUUUGAAUGCUAUGGCGCUUAGAUAUUCGACCAGCGAGUCGUACGAAUACAAGGAACACGCGCUUAAAUUAACAAAUUCUCUCGUCAAUGUAAGAGAUAUCGUCAAUCAUUUUCCACCAAAGAUAGCUGCGUGGUUGGCGAAAGAGAGCCUGUCAACGCCGACGGAACAACAAAUUCUGGCAAUUAUAAUACAAAAUUACGACAGUCUUGCUUUGAAACUGCAAGACAAUCUGGAUCAGUACGAAAGAUAUUCGGAGAAGCCUAAUCACGCAUUCUUUGAAGAAAUGGUAACUGGAGUGAUACUGGACACAAGAACUUCGAUAGAUCUUAAUACUUUAGAUACACAAACUAUAUUAGAAGAGCUUUCAAAUAUCUCAUAAAUGUAAAGAUACAUAUAUACAUAUAUACAUAUAUACAUAUAUACAUACAUACAUACA